AUGUCCGAAUUCGACAGACCUCUCUUCCCUGUCAAGGAUCGACUCGAGUCUUUUUGGCUCGACCAGCGCGACCGAGAAGUGUCGAAUGCUCGGACGACACCCCACCUCCCCAAGUCGGCCGAUGUGGUAAUUAUCGGUAGCGGUAUGGCAGGCGCCAUGACGGCUUAUCAGAUAUACGAGGAGGCCAAGCGGAAAGGCAGGGCUUCUCCCCGUGUAGUCAUGGUAGAGGCGGAUGAGACAUGUGGGAGUGCCACAGCGAGAAAUGGCGGCCAUUGCAAACCGGUCACCUUCCUCGGCUACAACACACUCAAGGCCAAACACGGCAAAGAUGUCGCCAAUGCACUGCUCGAGCUGGAGGAGGGCGCCAUGAAGAUCUACGGCGAUGUGGUGGAGAAGGAGAAGAUCGAGUGCGAUCUUCACUUUACUCGCUCUUGCGACAUGUUCUUUGAUGCGGCGGAUGCUGAGCGGGCAAAGGGGGACUUUGAGGGGCGCAAGGCAGACUGGCCCGAGAUAUUUGCGGCUAGCAAUGUGCAGCGCGUUGACUCGCCGGAGGAGAUAGUGAAGAUCACGGGUGUCAAGGGGGCACUGUGGAGCGCAAGCUAUCCAGCUGGCCAUCUUUGGCCGUAUCUCCUCGCUACAUCUCUGAUCAAGAUCUGUCUCAAGCAGGGGAUGAACUUGCAGAGUUACACUCCCGUCCUCUCCAUCGACCCUACCUCCUCCUCCUCUUCCAUCGUCAAGACAUCUCGCGGCAACAUCCCCGCGACCCUCGUCAUCGCCGCGUCCAAUGCCUACACCGGCGGCUUCCUCCCCGACUUCAAGGACAAGAUCGUUCCCGUCCGCGCCACAGCGUCCGCUAUCAAGCCCUCGAAAUCGCACAGCCCAGCAGGGAUUCCCGGUCCGCUCAAAUACACAUACGGGUUUCGCUGGGCGCAGGGCGAUGUCGACUACCUCAUCCCACGUCAGGGGCGGAAGAUACCGGGACGGGGCGACAGGAGUAUCAUCCUCGGCGGCGCCAAAUCGGAAUUCCUCAAGCAUCACGCUCGGUGGUAUGGCAACAUCAACGACAAUGAGGAGGUGCCGGGGGUGCGAGGAUACUUUGAGAGGUUUAUGCCCAAGGUGUUCGCUGGAUGGGACGGGGACGCGAGCAAUGUGCAGAAGGUGUGGACGGGGGUGUUGGGGUACAGCGCGGACUUCAACCCAUGGGUAGGACUUCACCCGGAGCAGAAUGGCUUGAUGCUUUGUGCGGGAUUCACUGGUCAUGGAAUGCCACUCAUCCCUGCCUGCUCUAUUGCUGCCGCUCAGCUCGCUAUCGCGUACCUCGAGGACAAGGGGACAAUCUCGCCAUCCGCUCAGGCUACAUUCGAGAAGACUCUACCCCCUCCUUUCCGUCUCACGCGGAAGCGGUACGAGGCGAAGGUCAAUGUCAUCAAGGAGUAUAUGGGUCAAGGGGGGAAUGCGCAGGGUGCUAUGCAGAACACAGACGAGGCGGUGAUGCUUGCCAGAGCCAAGUUGUAG